UGUUAUUUCAUUGAGAAGAGACUUGGCAAGGUCAUCUUCAAUGGGGCGCCUCGAUAAGCUGUUUGUUACGCGCUACUGCACGGUAGGCCCACAAGUUCUCUGUAGGUAAUCGUGCGACUCCUGAGAUCGUAAAGAAGCAGAAGACAGUUUUAUAGCCCAGGCCCACGUGGCCCUCGUAAACUUGACUCGCAGGUCGGUUCGAAUUCAGGCUCGACCCGCCUGCCGCCAGACGUCUGCCUCUCUCUAUUAAUCCUGAACCCCUCGUUCAUUAUCAAAUCGCUUAGGGACGUGUUUCUCUCACGUGUAACAGGUCGUGAUUGCUGUGAAUCGUUCGACGAACAAGGUGAAGCUUGUCGGAAGAACCGUCCAUAUGUGUCACGCGAUUCUUGUCAUUGCGAUUCUCGUCACUGCGGUACGAUGACAAGUUUCUAUGCUUAAUGACGACACGCGUUGUUCAGCCGCCUCAACCGCUCAAACACAACGUCAGUGUUUUCGUGAAUGACGGAACGUAGACGUGAAAAAUUAUUGAUAUAGUGACGUUGAGACGGCAAGUGAAGGUACGUGAAGAAUGAGUUCCUAUCAGUUCGUCAACUCGCUCGCAUCAUGCUACGCGGGUCAACAGCCACAGCAACAGCCAAGACCGACCGCGAAUUCACCUGGAGAACCGAUGCAGGCAGCAUCGCCGGCCGGUGGCGACUACUACAAUCCAAAUGCAGCGUCUACCAGUUAUCCCGCACCUUGCUAUUCGCCUCAGCAGCAUUAUCCUCAGCAUCCUUAUGCCACGCCGGCAUCGGGUAUGCAGCAUACAGCACCGACAGGAAUGAUAGACUAUACUCAAUUACAACCUCAACCUCGGUUAAAUGCGACCACGACGUCACAGCAACAUGGUAUGCACGCUCAACAGUCGCAACAUCAUCAGCAACCGCACCAUCCUCAACAACAACUUCACGCGGAUCCAACGACGCCUCUUUUGCAAAGCGCCUCGGCACCGUCAGCACCGUCAACGUCCAGCUGCAAAUAUGCUGAUUCGACAUCGUCCACCAAUGUGGCGUCUCCUCAAGAUUUAACCACAUCCACUUCAAGAAAUAGCCCAACGCCUUUAGUGGCACCCGGAACGAGUAAAACCGCAUCAGGAUUGACUUCACCGCCUGGUAGCUCGUCAAGGUCGUCUGUGGCUGCAUCUGCCGCAUCACCACCUAGUGGUAGCUCGAGAGGUGUCGGCGAGGGAAAUUCGACGUUGACAACAGCAUCUUCCGCUUCGUCGCCCGCUUCCUCUACAUCCAGUACCUCGAGCACGGGUAACAAUUCGUCCAACAAGGGGAACCCCUCUGGCACUAACCCGCCUCAAAUAUAUCCAUGGAUGAAAAGGGUUCACAUUGGUCAGAGUACGGUAAACGCGAACGGUGAGACAAAACGACAAAGGACCUCGUACACCAGGUAUCAGACGUUGGAACUGGAGAAAGAAUUUCACUUUAAUCGCUAUCUGACGAGGCGGCGUCGUAUUGAGAUCGCGCAUGCUCUUUGCCUUACGGAACGUCAGAUAAAGAUCUGGUUCCAGAAUCGGCGUAUGAAGUGGAAGAAGGAGCACAAGAUGGCGAGCAUGAACAUCGUACCAUACCACAUGUCGCCGUACGGGCACCCUUACCAGUUCGCGCCCCACCCCGGCCAGUUCGCUCACUUGGCCACAUAGGACGAGUUCUCGCCCGCUGAGCUCGGAGCACACGCUGUCCGGUUUCCCGGGAUGUAUGGCGAGCAGAACUUUUAAAAGGCUUUUUCCGCCUUAGACCCCGCGGUACGUCAUGACAUUGUCACUCGUGACUUGGCGGGGUCUCGAGCGGGACUUCACUUCCAGUAGGACACGUGGUGCGUUCCGCCGAUUCCGUAAUGCCCCUCCGUAAUGGCUGGUAAAAAAUGGAUUGUCGCCGAAGUAGCGAGAGAUAGUAGAUUCUUCUUUCGCAUGCCCCCAAUAACGUACUUAAAUUAUUUAUGUAUAUUAUUCGGUCCGCGUGUUCAAUUAGCUAUUGGAAAGAGAAUUUCUCAAUCAAAAGACACGAGAGAAAUAUUAUUUUCUUUUGUAAAGUUAAGCGAAAACAAUCCAUUGUCAUGCCGCCUUUGGUUUGCGGACGCGCAAAUACGCGCAUAUCACUGUACGACUGUUUGAAGUUGAAGGAAAGCCAAAAUUUUCUGCGUAUAUAUCGCCGUACGCCCGAUUUAAUAGACUGGACGCGCUCCGAGGGACUCUCACGCAUGCGAUCAUGAGAUAUUAAUAAUAAUAAAUAAUACUAAUGAUGCGAAUGAGAGGUCACCUCAGCGGGUGAGAUAAAAUCGAAUCUCUAGUUUAAGGUGUAGAAAUUAGCGAUCUAAAUAAUUAAUUAAUCAAAUAAUGAAUUAAUUAAUUAUCUUGUCUUGGCUGCACACUGUUUCAUGUGAAAUCGAUCGCCGAUUGAAAAUGAAAUUAUAGAACAUGCUUGUGUAUUUAUUUAUUAUUUUUUUCUCUUAUCGUCAUUCUCUUAUUUGGCCUUCCGAAAAUAUAUUUAUAGGAAAAGACUUUGCGAAAGACUUGAAGCAAUUUCAAAAGAAACACAUAUUUCAUGUUAAAAUUUCUGUAUCAUAUUUAAAUACCUAUUAAUAGUCAAAUUAUUCUUCAUUGGUCUUCAUUGGAAGGGAGAAGUGACCUUUAGAAAUCCAUGUUGAUUGCGUAUAAAUUAUGCUGGCUCUAUGAAGUAUUUCUAGAAAAUAAGAAAUUGUUGGGACGCGGCAACUACAUUAGUAAAAUAACAACGAGAUAUUCGUGCAGCAUAAUUUGCAUGUGAUUAAAAUAGUACGAUUAUUGUAACUAAUAUCUGCAAAAUUAACUGUAACUAAAAACUUUUACACACGCAUCCGAAGUAUUUAUAAUAUUUAUAUUUAUAAUAUUAUAAUAUUAUAAUACGUAUAAUAUUUUAUAAUAUUAUAAUAUUUUUUAUAUCAAAUACCUGGAUGCGGACAUCUUACCUUCUCUUUAUAUAUUCCAUUGUUUUUAUAUCAUGAUGCAAUCGUAGAACUUAUUAAAGAACAAUGAUACAUAUAUUAAAAUAACAAAUCUUUUUGAAAAUUAAUUUUUGCGUCACGUGAUCUGCGUAUGUUGUAUCUCUUACUUUAUUAACGAAACGGUGAACAGCUAUGGCCCUGCAUCUCUUGUACAUAAUUUACAGCAUAAUAUAACCAAUGUCUCCCUGGAGCAGCCACGUUGUUCCUAUAUUGUCGAUACGUAGGGAAAUCUCGCGCGGAACUUAACGUUCAUUUUAUUCUACCGCAUCAAGCAUUUUAUCGUGAUUAUCGAUGAUUAAUUACAACAAAUGGACUACUAUUGUUUCUCGCGCAUCGACUAUAGUAACUUUAAUCCACAUAGGAACCUAAUUAGUUUUUCCAUAAUCAUAGUUUUUAAAAAUCCAAGUUGUAAAAAUAAAAAAGAAAGAAGAAGAAAUGUUUUAUGCGGUCGAACGCGGGGAUAAAUGGCCCCGGAUGCAUUGUGAGUACGUCUGACUUCGAUGGUGCAAUGUAUGUGCAUGUGCAGCGCUGAAUAUCUAACGCAAAAUUGCAUGCACGUGCUGCCUAAUUACGCGUAUUUAUCGGCGCAGAAUAUACAUAAAUGUGUGGUUGAAUGUAACAGGAAAAACGUAUUAUCCCGCAUGAUUCGAUACGAGAAGGAUCCAAGAAGAGAGAUCGGGUAUUGACUAGUUAACCGGGAAGCGAGCGCAAAUGUGUAAACUAAUUAGCUAGUAUUCGAGUAAUUGAGUAUCUUGUGAUAUGACAGAGAAAAAAAAACAGUCGCUCUAAUGCUUAUUGAAUUGUCAUAACCGCGCGUUACGCGAUGCAAAUUCGGAAGAAUACAGGGAAUUUAGUAUGUGUGUAUGUUGUUCGAGAUUUUAAGCGAUAUAAACGAGAAAGGAAACAAAUAAAGGAGAGACCUUCUAGC